UGUCACUAAGCUAACGUUACCCACGAAGCGCUAAGCCCCUUCAACGCUCCAGCUUUGUCAACAUGCAUUUUAAUUUCACUCUUCACGUUGAUGCUUUCUUCGUAGCUUACUCAGAAGCGUGUUAACAUAUUUAAAUGGCAUUAUUUAACGAGCCCAGCUAGCCUCGCUGGCUUUUUCUUUCUCUCUUUCCGCCGCAGCCACAAUCAGAGAAGCUAACCAGAGCUAGCUCGUUAGCCUGUUAGCUUCAGCUGGCUCCGGGGGAAUAUGGCGAUUGUGUCUGGCUCCUGUGCCCGAGUUAACGGGUCUAGAAACGGGCCGUCUGUGUCCGCUACACCCUCUGGAUCUGCGGGGCAAGCUCAGCCCAUGAUUGCGGUGUGGGAAUGGCAGGAUGACCUGGGGCACUGGAGGCCUUACAGCGGCCAGGUGAGCGCACACAUCGAGCGGAGUCUGGCUCCGCGGGGCCAGAGAGGAGGGGGACCCGGCUCCACCAGCAUCUGCCUGGGACAAUCAGACCCCAGCCUGUCGCCUUAUCUCAUCGACAUACCGAGCCUGAAGCAGUUUCGACAGGACACAGGAAAGACCCGAUCAGUGCGUCGCUCCCUGUUUGCCCAGUCCUCAGGCCUGGGCAGUGGUGUUUACUGGGAAUGGGCCAACGACGAAGGCGGAUGGACUCCAUAUGAGACUCGAACCUCUAUCCUUUUAGAGCACAGCUAUCAGGCCCGACAAGGCACAGCAGACUUGGGCCCGCACGGAUAUAAUUACAUUGUGGAUCUCACGUCUCUGGCCCAGGUUAACAAAGCCACCGGAUUCAGGCGGCAAGUUCGACGGCAGUGCAACCUCCCCUACCCGCUGGCCUCCUCUGGCCCCCCGGCGAUCCCCUCGGGUCCCACCUGCUCCUGUCAGCAGUGUUUGAGCCACAGCAGCACAGGACCCAUGCCAAGCCGCUCACGGCACUCCUUUUCAUCUGGCAGCCUGAACCGGCCCAGUCUGCAAGGGACAGGAAGGGCUGUGGCAGCUCACCCUACUUCUGUCUACUCACCUUACCCCAGGAGACCCCUCUCUGUCGGGGGGAUGUCCUGGGGCAGCCCCUGGCCUCCACCGCCCUCUGGUAGUCAGCUGCCUCCGCCGCUUCUGAGCAGCUCCGCCAGUGCCAACGGGUUAAGUGUUCCUUCCAUCUCUGUGCAGCUGAACGGAUCGACCAGUGUGAGCUCCGCCCUGGCAGGCAUGGCCUCCAUUUUGAUGUCAGCAGUGGGACUCGGCGUGCACUUCACCUCUGCCCCCCUCCCUCAGCAGCAGCAUCAGCAGCAUCAGCAGCAUCAACAGCUACAGCUACAGCUACAGCAGCAUCAGCAUCAGCAGCAGCAACAGCCUGCUCCUUUCUCUCUUCCUCCUCCUCUCCUCCCCCCAGCCAGCAGGCCCAGCAAGCCCCCCAGCAGCAGCAGCAGCAGCAGCAGCAGUUCAGUUAGGAGAGCAAAGAGGCAGCACAGGAGAGCCUCCUCUCAGCGACCUGAAGAAGUGAUUCAGCGGUACAUGGAGGUGGUGGCCGGAGUACCUGAUGAGGACUGCAUCAUCUGCAUGGAUCAACUGUCCAAUGCGUCCGGCUACGAGACAGCGGUCUCAGAAGAGGGGGGUCAGAGCAUCCUGCCCGACACUGUGGGCAAAUUCAUCAAAUGUGGACACACCCUGCACAUGCUCUGCAUGCUGGCCAUGUACAACAACGGAACAAAGGACGGCAGCCUGCAGUGCCCCUCGUGUAAGACAAUCUACGGAGAGAAGACCGGCACGCAGCCCAAAGGAAAGAUGGAGAUCUACAGCGUGGCCCAGUCGCUGCCGGGACACCCGGACUGUGGGACCAUCCAGAUCAUCUACAGCAUACCGCCGGGCUUACAGGGUCCAGAGCAUCCAAACCCCGGGCAGCCGUUCACCUGCAGAGGCUUCCCUCGCUUCUGUUUCCUCCCGGACAACGACAAGGGCAGGAAGGUGCUCGAGAUGCUGAAGGUGGCGUGGAUGCGGCGCCUCAUCUUCACCGUGGGAACCUCCAGCACCACCGGCGAGCCCGACACGGUGGUGUGGAACGGCAUCCACCACAAAACGGAGAUGAUGUCCAACCUGUCGGGCCACGGCUACCCCGACCCCAACUACCUGGACAAUGUGUUGUCGGAGCUGGCCUCUCAGGGCGUUAACGAGGACUGCCUCAAAGCUCCGGGCGGCGGUGGCAGUGGCGGCGGUGGCAGUGGCGGGGGCGGCGGCAGCAGCAGCUAGGUCACAGCUCCACACUCCUCCUCGCUGCUGAAUUAACCCUUCAUAUUCCACCCUCUGCGGCCCGGGUGGACCUCCUGCAACCUCCACUCCCCCCCUCCGCUGUUAUAACGUUAAAGUCAACAUCUGUCCAAAACCUCAUCGAGUGGACGUACGGGGGAAAACGCGAGCAGAACGCAGAGUGCUUCAUGCUCCACUACAUUCCUGCUCCUCACAUAUUCCAGGAGACUGAACUCUGAGGCUCCUCUUAACCCCCCCGAGCCUCUUUUCAUCGGCCCCUCCACACACACACACACACACUGGAGAUUUCUUUGUGUUCGUUCUUGUUUCUUCAUCGAACGCCUCGUCUGUAUCCCCCUCGUCUAGUUUCCAUGACGAUGGCAGCUUUCAUCGGGGAUCAAAAAUCUCAUUAAGCACUUUAGUUGUGACCGUGCAUUUAGCUGACAUGAUGUGUGAUUUCUUUUUGUUUUAAAGGGCAGUUAACUUGUUUUCAGAAUUGGGAAAGUUAUGCAAUCGAAGUGGAAACGUUUUUUUUUUUGUGUUCGGCACAAAGACGCUGAAACUUCUCGUAGCAGAGGGAGUAUAUAUCAGCCGAUUCCACGAGACGGGGGGGAGGGGAAUAACUGAAAUGAUGUAAAUAAAUAAAAACAAGAAACGAAAAUAUUGUAAAAAGAAAAACAAGUUGUGUCCAGGAGGAGGAGAACCGUUUCUUUUAACACAUUUAACACCUCUUUGUUUUUAAUUUUAGUGAUUUUAAUCCCCAAACUGAUUUGAUGUCUAAGCUACGGAAGCCCGACAGGGACAUACUUCUAUACAUUUUAUAAGUGAGACAGCAGAUCACAAAUCUCCCGGCUCGGAUCGGAUCAGUUUUUAGUAUCUGUGGAAAAAAAAAAGAAGAUAUUUACAAUCUUAACUUCUCGACUUCAAAAGCACUACAGAUCAAAACACGUCUCCAUGAAUGUUAAUGAUGUAUCACAUCCUUCACUGUAGGCUACACACAUCGCUCUCAUUCCAAUAAUAAUCAUAAUAAUCAUCACACAGGCUGGUGGAUGAAGCUGAACUCUGUUUGGGUUUAAAAAGUGUUUUUAGGAAUCUGAGAGGAACAGUCUGAUUUUAAGAAGCUGCAUCAGUUCAAUAACGGUAUGUUACCGUCAUCUUUUACAAACACUAAAUAGAAAUCCUUCCAUCACGAGUUGGCUGUAAUCUACACACACACACACACACACACACACCAUUAAGCGGAUGUGUGUGUGUGUCUGCAGAGCGUGAUGUGUGAACCAGACAGUCAGGACAUUUGUAAGGGACUAAAUCUUCAUCAAGCACAGACUAGAAACAGCCCGUUACUAAGUUUCUGACUUUAAGUUUGUGAUUUGGUGUUAAGACGCAGUCACCAGCUGAUACCUGAACCAUAAACACACCGUGAGAUGAAACGGAGAAGAGCCGAGGCAGCGAUCAAAUCAAAGUAACCGUACCUACUUGAAAAGCAGAUACGACUUUUAUUUUCACAGAGACUCCCCGGGGAUUUAACCGCAGUCCUUUAUUUUUUUAAAGAUUUAUUUUUAGGCAUUUUGUCUUUUUUAGAGAGAGAGAGUGGAUAGAGUAGGAAACCAGAGAGACAGAGAGAGAGUGGGGAAUAACAGUCUAGAACCCGGGCUGCUCGUUUGGGGGACUAAAGCCUCCAUACACGAGGCGAGACCUAACCACUAGGCCAUCUGCGUCCCCAUUAGUAGUGCAUUUAUUUGAAUUUUAGAGGUUUGCUUUUGAUCGUGAACCGAAGGGGGUGGGAUCUGAACGGAUCAGCUGUCAUCUUUUUCAUCUCUGCUUUUUUAAGUCGUCUCAAGAUAACGCUUAGUUUAGAGACCGGUCAGUAAGAAACCCAGCGUUGUUACCCCCGAUAUAAAGAUAAAUAAGUCCAGAUCUCAGAAAAAUCUAAAUUGACUGGUUAUUACCGGAGAGCGGAGUUGAAUAAAAUGUAUGGAUGUGUGUCCUCUCAGGGCUUCCGUACUCGUGCACUUCCAUUUAGAUUUGUCCUGUUUUUUGAAAACUGCAGAAAAUGAGCCCACAGGCGUUUUCUUCAGAUAUGAUUUGUGUCACUUGUUAGUUUGUGAGAAGGGAAAAAGGAAAAUCUCUCUGACGACCUCGACUCUUCUGUCCAAACAGACAGGAAGAAGAAGCAGCAGCAGCUCUGGUUAGGAACAUUUACACAGUGUGACAAUCAAGGAACUCGUCUUGAUUCAACAAGACACGUGAAGCCGACGCCCCCCCACCGGCUCCAAACUCACCUCCUGUAUCCACACGCAUUAAUCUGCUCACAGUACUGCAGUACAGGCGCUGAACUCAGUCUGACAUGUAUACAAGCAAAACUGGAAAAAAAAAAAAAAAAAAGUCUGCAAUAAAGAAAUGAAUCCUGA